GUAAUUCUGCUAAGUACAUCAUCAAAUCGCGCGCUCAGAAGCACAACGCUCAAUGACUAUAUUUUACAUUAAAUUACGAACAAUCAAAGGUUCCUACGAUGACUGAAUUUAAGAGAGCCUUCUCACUGGUGUGGGAUCACUUCACCCUAGUGACACCCAAUAAGGUCCAGUGCGCCCUCUGUUCACAACGGCUUAGCUUCAACAAAAACACCUCCGCCAUGUUAAGGCACCUACGAUCAAGGCACCCAAGCGAGGCUUGGUACAGCAACUCAACAUCUGGGGCCCACUCAAGCACAAGCAACUCAACAUCUGGAGUCCACUCAACGUUCUCAAACUCAAUAAUUAGUGGUUCUGGAGUCCACUCAUCGUUCUUUGGUACUACAGGACUAAACUCAAUGUUUACAAACAGUGCUGCUGCUGGACACCACAUCCAAGUCAGGACCACCAGACAAGAGGACCUGGAUGAUGCCCUAGUCAACAUGUUGGUUAAAGACACCCAGCCAUUUUCAGUAGUCGAGGAAGAAGGAUUCACUGCUUUCGUCCAAAAGCUAGACCCAAGCUACAAUCUUCCAAACAAGCAAGCACUGAAGAAAAUGGUGGGGUCUCGGUGUGAAUUCAUCAAUGAUAAUGUUGUAUCUCAGAUGGUAAUUUCUGACUUUGUCAGCCUGACUUCGGACAUGUGGACAUCUAUAGACAAGCACAGUUCCAUUUCAGUGACGGGGCAUUUGGUAGCAGAAAAUGCCCAGCUAUCCACUUUCCUCCUUGGGAUUUCUAAGCUGCCUGAAAACCACAAAGUGAUCCACAUUGAGGAGGCCAAAAACCAACUGGUGGCGAGCUGGGGCCUCCACAGCAGGGUCGCUGCAUUUGUCACAGAGAACAGCGAAAAUAUGGUAGCCACGGUUCAGAAAUUAGGAAUCCUCCAGUUGCCCUCUUUUGCACACGUCCUGAACCUUGUGAUUAAGAGGUCCAUGGAGGCUACUUUGGAGCUGCAGGACAUCCGCUCCCAAGCGCGGGCUAUCGUGUCUUUCUUCAAGUCGAAUCAGAACGCAGAGAUGAGGUUAGCCGAGGUGCAAGGGCAGCUAGGCAGGCCGGAGCAGAAGCUGAUCCAGGAAGUGGACUCGAGAUGGAACAGUAGCUUUUCUAUGCUGGAACGCAUCUUUGAUCAGAGGGAGUCUGUGGCUGCUGCUCUCAGCACCCUGGACACGGACAUCAUCCCUCUGGGAUCUGCUGACUACGAGGUCAUCCACCAGUGUCUCGGAGUGCUGGGUUCCUUCAACCAGGCCACAGCCGAGCUCGCCUCAGAGAAACGCGUCUCGGCUUCCAAGGUCAUUCCUCUUGUCCGGAUGCUGAAGAUAACCCUUGAGAAGAAGCACGGUGCCAUCAUACACUCUACAGCUACACAGCUGGCGUCUAACCUGCAGAGGGAGCUUCAGACGAGCUGCAGUAUGGUGGAGACCGAGCCAAUCCUGGCUCUCUCGGCUCUCCUAGACCCGCGCUUCAAAAUGUUGGCCUUCGGGAACCAAGGCUACGCUCAGGAGGCGGUGAAGCUCCUCACCUCUGAGUGCGCCUCAUUAAUCCGGAUAAAUCCCGACAAGGACGACAUUCUACCACCCUCCACCACCAGGUCGACGACGCCCUCCCUGACAUCACCCCACACCUCCUCCUGGGCAAUGGAAACCGCUUCCAUCUCCAUGGCAACAUCUCCGUCUAAGUCCCACGAUGGGGGUCUGUGGGAGAUGUUUGACAGUAAAGUGGGUGAGACACAGAGCGUCCAGAGCAGCACGGCGGACGCAGCGGUGGAGGUACAACACUACCUCAGUGACCCGUACCUGAACCGAGUGGAGAACCCCAUGCACUACUGGGAGAAGCACUCCAAGGUGUACCCGCACCUGUUCCAGCUGGCUCGGAAAUACCUCAGCGUUCCCGCCUCGUCUGUGCCAUGCGAGCGCAUAUUCACCAAAGCUGGAGAUGUGUUCAAUAAAAAGAGGAGUUGCCUCAGUAUGAAGGCUGUAGAGCAGAUAAUGCUGUUGAAUAAAGGUCUCGUAUAGCACAAGCAGCAUACUAUCCACGGUGCUUCUCAUGCUGUUUGGCCUGUAUGUAACAUAUGACUGUUAAAUGUACCAAAUGCAUUGUAAUGUAUUCUUCCUGGUUUGUGUAUAAAGUAUGUUAAAAUUGCCUUUUUUUUAAUAAAAAGAGAAGCAGUCUUUUA